AUGUACCGCCAACCAUGUCUCACCACACGGGCCACGCCUUACUGGAUUGAACCACAAUGCCAUCAUCUUACGAUGGCCGCAAUCUACCAUGAUACGCUCAGAUGCAUGCGAUGCGAACGACAACCACCAGAGGGCUUCCUUUACCGCUGCACGGUAGACAGGGAGCCGCUCAUCCUGAGCGCGAAGGCGAAAGGCGAUCGGGUCACAUUUGACAGUUUGGGCGACGCUUUUGCCGAGGAGAUGACGCUUGGAAGAUUCGGUCCCGAUGCGCGGAGGAAGCAGCACAGCUUCCUGAACGAGAUAACGCCAGAAGAGAUCACCUCAUACACAUUGGAGCAGCUUUCCACCAUUUUGGAGCAGCGUAAAAAUGUGAUCGACGACCAGCGGAGAGAGUGUUAUAGGACGGGGAAGAUAUACCCCGACGAUACCAUGCCUUGGGUGCGCCAGGAAACGCACGAGUGCCAACACGUGGUCUGUCACCAGUGUUAUCCGCGGGGGCGAGAAAAGUCGUGGGUCAGCCUGAACGGUGUUCUGAACGGUGACAUCCUGCCAACUGUCGCAACGGGUUUCUCUUUCAGCUACUCAGGUUCGAGGCCGUGUGCGGACGCCAAUGUGGUCAGGAACAUCGGUUGCCGAGCUGUUCCUCUGGUGAGGAUUACACACACCGAUCCGUUCCCUCUCAGACCAGCGUUGUUAACCCUGAGCAGCCACGGAAGCACUCGGCGAGGGCUCCCUCAUCGACGGAUCCAAGGUCCUCCACCGACCUGA